AUGGCGCCCUGUUCGGGAAGUGAUCCAAACCGUGACAUUGGGGAAAUGAGGUCACGCGUACGAACGGAGCCAAGGCGAAAGCCGCGGUCACCGCAAGUUUUGUAUUGGUUUGUUUGUACUAUUGCGCAUGUUGGAGCAAAUAAGAACUUAUUUGUUAUGCAACUAAUGAGAAUAGUUUAA